UCGUUCUUUUAUUUUCUUUCCAGUCCGGCUCCGCUCUGCCAGAGUUUUAAAUACAGGAGAAUGGAAUACAAGCUGAUCAUGGCGGUCUCUGGCUUCCCGAGUCUCUACGACAUGAACUCCCCGACCUAUCGGGACCUGAACAUGCGGAGCGACGCGUGGCGGCAGGUGGCGGAGAUCGUCGGAGUCCCCGAGUCGGAGUGCAGAAGGAAGUGGAAGACGCUGAGAGACCAGCACAGGAGGGAGAGGCAGCGUGAGAAGGAGCGGCGCGAGAGCGGCAUCGGGCUCUUUAACUACCGGCCAUGGAGAUACUCGUCCAUCCUGUCGUUCCUUAAUCCGUUCAUCGAUGCCCGGGCAGCCGGCACCAACGGCUGGGCCCUGGACCCACAGCCCUCUCAGGUCCAGGUGGCCGAAAUGGUCGGCUGCAGCACGACCACGGAGACGCGGAGCGACGAUGACGAGAGUUACGGGUUCGCUGUAGCUGACGCGACCACGACAACAUCCUCGUCCUCAUCCUCAGAGUUCCCGCAGAGGAAGCGGCCACCCUCCGUCGGCUUGGACCCGUCCAGGCCCAAAGAAGCGAAGGUUGAGAUGAACUCAGGCGCCACAGCCACUGACGACGGCCUGCAGACGCAGCAGCACACCAACAUGAAGGAGCUGUUUGAGAUGAUGAUGCACUCGGUGACAUCUCUUGCUACGACCUUAGCUUCGUCACACUCUUCCUCGCAGACCCCUCUUCUGCAGCAGGAUCCGCAGAGUCAUCAUCGCAGCCUGCCGCUGUCCUGGACCGUGGCGCGGCUGAACCAGCUGAAGACAGAGGAGCCGGAAGGCGACGUGGACGAGCUGCUCGUCCAAACGGACGAUGAGGAGGAGGAGGUGGAGGAAGAGCGCCGCCCCGCUUCUCCCAGACUGCUCCGGCCAAAGAGGAAGAGCGUCGACGGCCUGCUGGAGGAAUUCCUGAUGAAGACAGAAGCCAGGGAUGCGCAGAGGGAGCGUGACAUGGAGCAGAGGGACGACGUGACGCUGUUCCUGCUGAGCCUGGCUCCGGCUAUGAGGAGACUGACAGCAGAGAAACAGUCAUGGGUCCGAACCAAGAUGCAGCAGUUUCUGCACGAGGCCGAGUUUGGCGCCACAAAGUUCCAGUGAGCCCACGAACGUUUUGAUGGAAGCUCGUUCAAAGGGGAAGGACUGAAUCCUCCCUGCAGACUCCACACGUGCCGACUCUUCUUACAGGUGAUUCAGGUAGCUCCAGAUUUGAUGGUCUGUCCCUGACCGAUGACUCCAGAUCGUGGGUUUCUGUUUUCAUCGAUGACUAAACGGAUGUCUGCACAAAGCCGGACUUCGGGCACAUCGGGGUCACUGCAGGGUUAACGCCACGCUUCAGUGUUGAUGUCUGACUACUUAAACUUCUGCACAGAGGACUCUGUGCACGUGCACAUCCGUGUUCAGCAGCAGGAGACUUUCUAAAGUUUAGAUUUCUCACAAAUGGUAAAUGGUAAAUGGCCUGCAUUUGUAUAGCGCUUUUCUAGUCCUUAAGGACCCCAAAGCGCUUUACACUACAUUAAGUCUGGACACAAGAAUCUGUCCAGAAACAGUUUUUCAUGACCGACUUUAUUCCUGCAAGAUGACCGUCUGCAGAUGUAAAACAACUUCAUCGGCUUGUGUCAAAGUGGUGAUUUGAUGCUAAAGUGUCUAAAAUUUGAACCUUUGUAGAUGAAGCCUACAUCUGAAUACAGAGUAUUUAUUCUGUCGUCUUUCUCAGACGGUCAAACAGCGCAGCCGAGGACAGUAAGCAGACGCCUGUUCUCUGACGGUCUGCGUUUGUCCAGCUGUCAGUUGAUCACAGAGCUAAGAUGAGUCUGUGAUCGAGCACCGUUGGCGUUCAUACUCAC